CAGAGUUUCGUCAGCUAUCAGGACCGUUGGUGCAGUGGAGGAGGGUCAGGGCGGUGAGUAUAUAAAUCGGGCGCGGGGCUUGUUUUCACAGAGGCCCAGGACCGUUGGUGCAGUGGAGGAGGGUCAGGGCGGUGAGUAUAUAAAUCGGGCGCGGGGCUUGUUUUCACAGAGGCCCAGGACCGUUGGUGCAGUGGAGGAGGGUCAGGGCGGUGAGUAUAUAAAUCGGGCGCGGGGCUUGUUUUCACAGAGGCCCAGGACCGUUGGUGCAGUGGAGGAGGGUCAGGGCGGUGAGUAUAUAAAUCGGGCGCGGGGCUUGUUUUCACAGAGGCCCAGGACCGUUGGUGCAGUGGAGGAGGGUCAGGGCGGUGAGUAUAUAAAUCGGGCGCGGGGCUUGUUUUCACAGAGGCCCAGGACCGUUGGUGCAGUGGAGGAGGGUCAGGGCGGUGAGUAUAUAAAUCGGGCGCGGGGCUUGUUUUCACAGAGGCCCAGGACCGUUGGUGCAGUGGAGGAGGGUCAGGGCUUUUACCGAAAUCCGUAACGUUCCACACUCCAUAGUGAGGAUUCUGGUGGAAGCCGCUGAUUGGUGGAAGCAGACUAGAGGAAGCAGCUGAUUGGGUGCAACAUCAGGUUAGCAUUUGUGCUUUCUGGUUAAAGGGGCAGUGCUUUAGUUAAGGUACAGUGGGUUAAAGGUGCAGUUCUUUAGUAAAGGUACAGUGAGCCAAGGGUACAGUGGGCUAAAGGUACAGUGCUUUUUGUUUAUAUAAUAAAGGUGCAGUUUAAAGGUCACGAGGGAGCAGCUGUUGUGAGUCAGAUACCUGCUGAUUUCUCCCAGCAGUUUCUAUUGUGUUAUACUGGUAUCAGAUCCAGGGUAAGGCGGGAGAAUGACAGUCAGAGCAGUAUACUGUUCUGGAUGUCAGAUGUGGGAGGUCAUGGUGUCGGAUGGCCCUCCAGACAUCCACAUCUGCUCCAGGUGCAGCGAGAUGGGGCUCCUAAGGGACCGUAUUAGGAUCCUGGAGCAGCAGCUCGAUGACCUCGCUCUGAUCAGGGAGAGUGAGGAGGUCAUAGAGGGGAGUUAUAGAGAGGUGGUCACACCAAAACCACGGGAGAGAGACAUGUGGGUCACGUUAAGGAAGGGCAAGGGGCAGAGGCAGGAACGAGUGAGUACUCCAAUGUCGGUACACCUCGCAAAUAAGUACUCCUGUUUGAGUACGGAUGGGGGUGACAGCCUACCCGGGGGUAGUGACAGCGGACGGGCCUCCAGCACAGAGACCGGCCCUGUUGCUCCAAAAGCUAGGGAAAAAAAGAAGGGCCAUAGUAAUUGGGGACUCUAUUGUUAGGGGGUCGGAUAGGCGAUUCUGUGGACGCAGUCGGGAGACCAGGAUGGUGGUCUGCCUCCCUGGUGCCAAGGUCUCGGACGUGUCUCAACGCAUCCAAGAUAUCCUUAAAUCAGAGGGAGAGGAGCCUGAGGUCGUGGUACAUAUAGGUACCAAUGACAUAGGAAAAAAAAGGGAAGAGGUCCUGAAGGGAGGAUUUAGGGAGUUGGGAGGAGAGUUAAGAAAAAGGACCAAAAAGGUAACCAUAUCAGGAUUACUGCCUGUGCCACGCGACAGUGAGAGUAGGAAUGGAGCGAGGUGGAGGAUAAAUGCGUGGCUGAAAGACUGGUGCAGAGGGCAGGGAUUCAAGUUCCUGGAUCAUUGGGACUUCUUUUGGGGAAGGUGGGACCUGUACAGAAAGGAUGGGUUGCACUUGAACCCGAGGGGGACCAAUAUCCUAGCGGGGAAAUUUGCAAAGGCAGCUGGGGAGACUUUAAACUAGAAUGGUUGGGGCGAGGGACUCAAAUAGCGAAAGGUAGUAGACAGAAUGGGAGGCAGGAAGCAGAAAUGGGAAGCACUCGGACACAAGAGGAGAAAGAAAAAAAAGGAAAUAAACAGAGAAUAAGAGACGGGGGUUUUCUUAAAUGUGCAUAUUUUAAUGCUAGGAGCAUUGUAAGAAAGGUUGAUGAGCUUAGAGUCUGGAUAGACACCUGGAAGUAUGAUGUUGUGGCGAUCAGUGAAACGUGGUUGCAGGAGGGCUGUGAUUGGAAACUAAAUAUUCCAGGAUUUCGCUGCUUCAGGUGUGAUAGAAUUGGAGGGGCAAGAGGUGGAGGUGUUGCAUUGCUAGUCAGGGAAGAUAUUACAGCAGUGCUUUGGCAGGAUAGAUUGGAGGGCUCAUCUAGGGAGGCUAUUUGGGUGGAAUUGAGAAGUGGGAAAGGUGUAGCAACUCUUAUAGGGGUGUAUUAUAGACCGCCAAACGGGGAACGAGAAUUGGAAGAGAAAAUAUGUAAGGAGAUAGCAGAUAUUAGUAGUAAGCACAAGGUAGUGAUUGUGGGAGAUUUCAACUUUCCACACAUAGACUGGGAAACACAUUCUGUAAAUGGGCUGGAUGGGUUGGAGUUUGUAAAAUGUGUGCAGGAUAGUUUUUUGCAGCAAUACAUAGAGGUACCUACUAGAGGAGGGGCAGUGCUGGACCUCCUGUUAGGAAAUGAGAUGGGACAGGUGGCGGAGGUAUGCGUUGGGGAGCACUUCGGGUCCAGUGAUCACAAUACCAUUAGUUUCAAGAUAAUUAUGGAGAGGGUCAGAACUGGACCUAGGGUUGAGAUUUUUGAUUGGAGAAAGGCUAACUUUGAUGCGAUGCGAGAUGAUUUAAAAGGAGUGAACUGGGACAUUUUGUUUUAUGGGAAAGAUGUAGAAGAGAAAUGGAGGACAUUUAAAGGGGAAAUUUUAAGAGUACAGAAUCUUUAUGUUCCUGUUCGGUUGAAAGGAAACAGUAAAAAUUGGAAAGAGCCCUGGUUUUCAAGGGAAAUUGGACAUCUUGUUCGGAAAAAGAGGGAGAUCUACAAUAAUUAUAGGCAGCAUGAAGUAAAUGAGGUGCUUGAGGAGUAUAAGGAAUGUAAAAAGAAUCUUAAGAAAGAAAUUAGAAAAGCUAAAAGAAGAUAUGAGGUUGCUUUGGCAAGUAAGGUGAAAGUCAAUCCAAAGGGUUUCUACAGCUAUAUUAAUAGCAAAAGGAUAACGAGGGAUAAAAUUGGUCCAUUGGAGAGACAGAGUGGACAGCUAUCUGCAGAGCCAAAAGAGAUGGGGGAGAUAUUGAACAUUUUUUUUUUCUUCGGUAUUCACCAAGGAGAAGGAUAUUGAAUUAUGUGAGGUAAGGGAAACUAGUAGAGUAGCUAUGGAUACUAUGAGGUUCAAAGUAAAAGAAGUACUGACACUUUUGAAAAAUAUAAAAGUGGAUAAGUCUCCAGGUCCUGACAGGAUAUUCCCUAGGACAUUGAGGGAAGUUAGUGUAGAAAUAGCCGGGGCUAUGACAGAAAUAUUUCAAAUGUCAUUAGAAACGGGAAUAGUCCCCGAGGAUUGGCGUACUGCGCAUGUUGUUCCAUUGUUUA